GCUUAUUUUAAGCAUUAGACGUAGCUUAUGCAUCAGUAGAAAUUAUAUAUAACGUACUGAUAUAGUUUUUUAUGGUCUAUUGUAGGCCUACUGCAUAGAUGUAGAGCAACGUCAACUCUUUUUAUGCCAACUGUCAGAUCAAGAAGACCACGAUUCCAAAACGUCAGGGUUCAGCAGCUAAAACCGAACUACUAACCCAACGCCUGGUAGAAAGAUACGUCGUCAUAGCCUGUUUAAGUCCUUUUAUCAUCAUACUUCGAUAUCUUCUACUUUAAACCGAAUGGUCCUGAUGAAUAUGAACUGUUCAGAGGAGAAGUAUUAAAGAAACAAUGUUCCUUAUGGAUGAGCCUUCAAACCAACAGCAGUCCAGUGUGAAGAUGGCCACUGACAUGCCUGCUGCCGACAGCAAGGAGUCUGCUGAUAUGGAGAACAAGACCAAUGGAUCAGUAGAAACCAAAAACACAGUGGAAAAUGGGCAGUUCCCUGACCCCUCAGACUGGGCUGUGACUGAUGUUGUUGACUACUUCAAAGCAGCCGGAUUUGAGGAACAGGCCACUGCCUUCAAGGAUCAGGAAAUUGAUGGCAAGUCCCUGCUUCUGAUGACGCGCAAUGACGUGUUGACCGGCCUAUCCAUCAAACUGGGACCUGCGCUGAAGAUCUAUGAGUACCACGUCAAGCCGCUGCAGACGCAGCACCUGAAGAGCAAUGCGGCGUAGAAGCGCUGCUCGCUUCCACAGUCAGUGCCUCAUCCCAGGGCGGCGCAAGGACAGAUGUUCCAGUCUGCAUCCAUAAUGUGCUGCAGUGGUACUUCAAUGUUGGCACUGUUGAUCUGUCUGGUCAUGCAAUAUUACGGUGUGAUUUUUUUUAACUUGAUGUUCAUACACUGAACGAAUGGAAACGGUGCUAGGUUUGAAACAUAACAUUCUGUCCUGCCUUCGCCUUAAGCAGAGGAUACACUGGACAGUGGUUUGGCAUUUUGAUUAUGUGUUUGGUCCUGCAGGGUUUAAUACUAUAUGGUUUCUCCUAAAAUGGAGUUACCUCUUUGCAAAUGUGCUUUUACUUGAACCUCUUAGCUUGUGCGUGUGUGGAGAGCCCUUACACUUUAUCUCCAAAUCAUGAAACUAUAACUAUAUGAGAGAAGAACCACUGAGAUGGUCACUACCCUACGUGGAUGGCUCUCAUCCCAUCCAACAUUUCCAGGAGUGUCUCCUUUUUGUUUUAGAAAGGGAUGAUCUUUUAAAAAUCAAUGCUGCGUGAUUAUUAAAAAAAGAAAAGCACAAGUGAUGUUAAA